UUUUUGAUAAAAAAGAAAGAUAUCAUAUGUCUUUCUAGUCAAACACAUUCAGUUCAUUACUCCCUAAUUGAUCCUUGACCAGAAGAGGUCAAUGGAUUCUGUCAUUCUGAUAUUUAUAUUUAUUUUGAAAAUUAAUUUUGCCCUAAAUAGUUUUUCAGAAGUUUGGUCCUUGACUUAUAAAUUAAAAGCUAUAUAACCUUAAAACUAGAACGAUCCACCAACAGUAGCUCUCAAAAUUCUCCCAAUAUCAAAUAACAAGAUGAAUAAUUUCAUGAACUUAUUCGCUGUUUUUGUCAUGUUUAUCCAAAUCCAAAUAGCCUUGUCUCAAGCAAUUCAGUCUCCUCCGGGAUCUAACCUUGUUCAACAACUCUGCAAAAGAAACCGUUAUCAAGCCCUAUGCAUCUCUACUCUCAAUCUUGAUCCUAGAAGCAAAACCUCAAAUUUACAAGGGCUUGCGUCGAUCUCUCUCGAUGCUACGACAAAGAAAUUCAACGUGACGUUAACAUAUCUUAUCUCUGUCCUAAAGAAUGUCACACGCCGUGAAGAAUUUGAGACAUACGGAACUUGCAUCGAGGAGUACGGUGCGGCGGUUGAUAGGUUUUUACCAGCGGUGGUGGCUGAUCUAAAGGCGAAGAAAUAUUCUGAGGCUAUGUCUGAAAUGAAAGACGUUGUGGCGAAGCCAGGUUAUUGUGAGGACCAGUUCGCCGGGCAAUCUCCGUUGACCGCACGUAACAAAGCCGUCCAUGAUAUCGCCGAUAUGACUGCUGGCAUCAUCAAAACGUUGUGAAAUAUCAACUAAUUAAAAAAAUUCAAUGUUCAACGAGAAAUGAAUAAGAUAUUUUUACAAAAGGAAUAAGAUUUUUUAUAUAUUUUUAGUUUCUAUCUCUGAUCUAUCAAAGUCUUGACUCUUGAUUUAUAGAAACCACGAUACGAAUUCGGUGGUCUAAAUCAGGAAACCUCCAUAAUUCCUUACCAAAAUUUUAUAGGAAAAAGAUAUACUACAAUAAAAGAGCUUUUUUUCUUUCCCAAGCACAGUUAUCGAGACCUCCUUCCCGACAAUGCUUUCCGGCGUUGGUGGUGGUGAAAUCGCCGGCGUCGGGAUCUCUUCUAUGCGAUCUGCUUGUUCUGUUUUUAGUGUAAUUUUUUGGCUUUCAUCUUCUUUUCAGUUUUUUCAAUUCUCGCGA